UGUUAUUAUCAAAAUUCAUCAUUAUUAUUUUAAAGACAUCAAUAAACGUUGCCCACCAUAAUGGCCGAUCCAAAAUUCGAAAAUUUGCCAGGCAUUGCUUAUGACCAACCUGAUGUCUAUGAAACACCCGAUGUUCCUGAACAAGAGACUUCAGACUAUUACGAGGAAGAGGCGGAAAAUAAGUCCAUUGAACGUUUGCACAUCUCCCCGCAAGAGGCUUACAAACGUUUCCGUGGCUCUACGCUGACGGGUAAUGUCGAUUUCUCUGACAGUAUUGGACGUCGUGUAUGUCGUGGCUAUGAUAUGACCACGGGUGAAUUUGAAUUAACUGGCAUGGGUGAAAAGGAGACUCCCGUGCAAAAAUGUCGUCGAUUGCAGUGUGAAAUGAAUGAACUUUUGGAAGAGGUAUCAGCAUUGCAAAACGAUCGUAAAUUGGUCCAAGAAGAAAAGGAAUCAUAUGAUGCUGUGGCCACCAUUAUUACCACAGCCAAGAAGGUGUUAGAUUCACUGCGUUUGGAACAGGUAUUGGGUAAAGAACAGGCACCUAACAAGGCCGACAAAGAGGUUAAGGCUCUGAUCAAUCAAGUAGAUGAAUAUAAAAAUUCGGGUGUCCUCACGGCUAUACCGACACCUGGAACUGAUUUGGCAGCGUCGGCACGUGUGGCCAAAUUGGAACAUCGUCUGCAUCAACUGGAACAGGCUGUUGGUGCUCAACCGGAAAAAUUGAGUCGCCUUACAACACUCACACAAAGCACAAAUGUUAUGGACGCCGUGCGUCAGCUUAACACAAAGGCAGCCUUAUUACAAUCGGAGAAAAUCGAUGUUAUUGAAGAACGUUUGGGUAGCUUGGGUGCCAAAAUGGAUGCUAUUGCUGCCAAGUCGAGUGGUUCUCCCGAGGAUGCUAAACGUGAUCAAAAGGUUGUCGAAAUGUAUGAAAUUGCUAAACGUACCGAACCUGUUGCCGAAAUUCUACCCGAUAUUAUUGAAAGAAUGCAGGCAUUGGAAUUAUUGCAUAAAUAUGCUAUGAACUUUGCUAAAAUCAUUGCUGAAAUCGAAGAGAAACAAACCUCAAUUACCACCUCCCUGGUUUAUAACAAGGAACUGUUGCAUUCGGUACAAGAAACCUUCGCCCAGAAUCUAGAAACAAUAAACAAAGAGGUAGCCAAGGUGGAAGAACGUGUUAAGUCGGUGGCUAAUAUUAAGUAG